AAAAUGGCAGCCUCUCCUUUGAACACAAAAUCCCAUUUCCAUGCUCGCUCAAACAGCUUGCCCUCUGGACCACACCCACUUAUUCUCCAAUGCAAUGAACACUUGGACAGGUUAAGAGCUUCCAAUGAAACCUCUUCUUCAUCCUCAUUUCUAAGCCAUAAACUAGAAGGCUUGCAGGAUCUGCAUGAAUGUGUUGAAAAAUUAGUCCAGCUUCCCCUCACCCAAGAAGCCCUUCUCCAUGAACCUAAAGAAUCUUGGGUAGAAGAGCUUUUGGAUGGAUCUUUAAGGCUCCUAGAUGUGUGUACAUCAGCCAAAGAUUCUCUACUGCAUACAAAGGAGUGCAUGCGUGAACUUCAAUCAAUUAUGAGAAGAAGAAAGGGAGGAGAAAUGGGGUUCACAGCAGAGGUUAACAAGUUUUUGACUUCUAGGAAGGUGGUGAGAAAGGCCAUCUUCAAAACCUUGGGGAAUUUGAAGGCUAUUUCCAAAAGGGGAAACUUCUCUUCUAACAUCAAAGACCAACAAACCAUGGCCUUGGUUAGCUUGUUAAAAGAUGUUGAAGUAGUUACUCUAUCCAUAUUUGAGUCAUUGUUGAAAUUUAUCUCUGGAUCAACACAAGCAAAACCAUGCAACUGGUCUUUGGUUUCCAAGUUAAUCCACACCAAAAGAACAGGUUGCGCACAAGCGGCAGAUGAAUGUGAAUUUUCCCAAAUGGAUGCAGCAUUGCAAUCUUCUGUACUUCACAUGACAAGCAAAUCAGAUAACAUCAAUAAUCUGCAAAACCACUUGGAGAAACUUGAGUCAUGUAUUCAAGACCAUGAAGAAGGGCUUGAGUUUCUGUUUAGACGUUUGAUUAAAAUAAGAGUUGCUUUUCUUAACAUCCUCAAUCACUAGUUGAGUAUAUCCGGGGCAUCAAAUUUUUGUAGUGUUAUGUAGUUAUAAUUUUAUACGGAAAUCAUAAUGUACAU